AUGGAAGAAUCUGGUUCUGAGUUCCCAGGGUUCCAAAUUGGUGUUCACCAAGAUGAACGGGUAUUUAGAAGGCCACUCAGCAGGCUUCAAAGGCGCGCCCCUCGUCCGUUGCAGAUUAAGCCUAAUGCCGAUCUCAAGGCUUUGUCGUCGUCGUCAUCAUCAUCAGCAACAACAUCUUCAACUUCAUUUGGUUCAUUCUAUCAAAGUAAAGAUCCCAUCCCUCUACUAUCGCCUCUCGUUUUGCCUUGUUUGCUUGAAUCAUCUUAUCUACAUCAAGAAGGAAAUACUGCAAAAUAA